AUGGCACCUUCGCUGUUAAGAGUGUGUUCUCACCAUAUUUGCAAAGCUCCAGCGCCUUUCCGCCUCCCAAGAACAACAGACACCUCACAGCGCGAAAGCUCGUCUGAGCCACAGAGCCGGCCGCAAGAACAGCGCUUGCGUAAGGAGUUUCCAGGACUAAGUGGAAAGCUGCCUCCUCUCCGCCAACAUUCCACAUUGUUCAAGAAGUGUGCAGAUAAAAUGGUCGACGGCAAGCACAGCACACGUAGAGCCGUGAAAGAAGGCCGCGCUGCUCUUGUUAGCGAGGCACCAGCAGACCUCACAGCACACGUCAGGCCUCGGCCGCAUCGUCCAGGAGGUGGGCGCAGGCAAACCACUACACCGAAGGGCGUGAAAAGCGGACGAGCCGGGAAAACAAAGCAGCCGCCGAAGUCGCGCGCUGUGAGUCUCGGUCAAGCAUUUACUGGCAGUCAUCAUCAACAAGACGCUGUUCAGCAUUCCCCUGUGCCUGCGAUUCCGGACAAUGCAGAGCAACAAUCACACAGCCAUACGCAGCCCACACUGAAAGUAUCGCUAUACCAGCCGACUGUCGAAGACGCCGAAGAGAGCCCGCUCAAUGAUACUGUGCCAGCAGUGGGUUUGUUCGGACAGCCAGACGCCCUUGCCGAUAAUAGCGCUGCAACAACAACCACUGUGGAAGAUGAGCACGGUGCUGGAGGUUCGACGGCCAUUACUCCGGCCCACAAUACGAAUGGCCAACCAGGAGCCGCCGCAAAGGCUGCAUUUGACAUCUUCCGCAUACGGAAGAACGUGCUUGAAGGUCUUGCAUCCAUAGCUCAACCCGAUCGAGCCGAUGCAAACCAACCCGCGCAGUCUACUGCACCGACACCCUCCACUUCCCAGCCAUCAGUUUCAACAGCGCUAACAAGCGUUCAGCCUGGAGCAGGGAGCGAUGUUUUGAAGAUGCCACCACCCGCGCUUAUGCCAAGGCCGUCAAAUCAAAAGGCGGCUGUACCGAGCAACACUGUGACGGAAGACAAGGCCAAACAGCCGAAUGGAGCUGCAAACCUCACCAGCGAGCAUCAUGCGAAGCCGCACUCCAGGCCACGGAUUGGUCCCGCAGAGGCGAGCUCUAGUAUGAAUGUCGAUGAUGCAGAUGAUGCUUCACUCUUUGGAGACGACCCACCGGCACAGCCAGAAGCACCUAGACCUUCCCUGGCACUCCCGAAGACAUCAGUGGAACCGAGGGGUACGGUGCGUUUCCCCCACCAGCGAACAAGCUGCGAGCUAUGA